AUGGGCAAGCCAAUCGUUUUACAAUUGGGUGACGAUAUCCGCUGGAACCAUGAGUUGUACGCGAAAUUCAAGGAUCACUUUGAGAUCCGUCGCUCGCACAGUAUGUCGCGCCCGGAGUUCAUUCAGGCCCUGACGGAGAAGAAGUUUGGCGACUUCUCUGCCAUUUACCGGCCGUUCUGGAACACGGGCGGCGAGAUGGGCAACUGGGAUGAAGAGUUGAUUUCCCUGCUCCCUGACUCGUGCAAGGUGUACGCCAGUGCCGGUGCUGGCUUUGACUGGGUCGAUACUGCCUGUUUGGCCAAAAAGGGAGUCGUGUACUGCAACGCUGCUGCUGCUUGUACCGAGUCUGUCGCCGAUGCGGCUCUCUGGCUCAUUAUCUCCACGUUCCGUCUGUUUUCCUGGUCCGCCAUGGCGGCUCGUUCGCUCGACGCCGACCAGUUCGUGGAUGCGAACCGCAACCUCGCUCCUGUUUCAUUCAACCCCAAGGGUCACACUCUUGGUAUCAUCGGCUUCGGUCAGAUCGGUCGCCGGACAGCAGAGAAGGCCUAUCUGGCUCUCAACAUGAAGAUCUUGUACCAUGACAUUGUCCAGAUGCCGCGCGAGCUAGAGCAGGUCUCCCAGGCUACCUUCCACGAGCGCAUGGAUACCCUCCUGGCUGAGUCGGAUUGUGUGGUGGUGGCCACGCCUUUCAGCGGGGAGACUCUACUCAACGCGUCUCUAUUGUCGAAAAUGAAGCGCGGUUCGCGUCUUGUCAACAUCGCCCGCGGCAAGCUUCUUGAUGAGGCUGCUCUGGUGGACGCCCUCAAGAAGGGCCAGCUCUCUGCUGCUGGGCUGGACGUGCACUUUGAUGAGCCCCACGUCAACCGUGAACUCGGCCAGAUGAAGAAUGUCGAGAUCAUGUCUCACAACGCCGGUGCCUCUCUGGACUCUCACAUUGGCUUCGAGCGUCUGGGCAUGGAGAAUAUCAUCUCGUUUCACCAGAACGGUAAGGCUGUCACUCCCGUCAACGCGCACUUGAUUGCCAAGGUUGCAUCCUCCAAACUUUGA